AUGGCGCAGUUCAUGGAAGCAUUGACUAAUGUGACCAAGGGGCAGGAUGACUUACGGGUUCUCGUCGAGAACUCCAGAAGGAAUGAGAACGGAGGACAUCAUGGGCUGUUUGAUGAUGUAUCUGGCAAGAUUGAUGAUUACCAUGAUCCGAAUGAGUUUAAUCACGUGGGAGGGCACUAUAAUCCUUUCAAUCAGCAUCACGGGCAUAGUGCUGAGGGUGCACGUGAGGAAGUUGAAAGGUAUCAUCUGAUUGAGGAAUGUCUUAGGGCUGUUGAAGUCAAAGGGGUGUUAGGCAUGGAUAUCAAUGACUUGGUGCUGGUUCCUAGUGUGAGGAUUCCACCAAAAUUCAAAGUUCCAUCUUUUGACAAAUACAAUGGAGCGACUUGUCCUAUGACUCAUGCUAAGGCGUAUUACCGGAAGAUGUCAGUGUACUCUGAAAAUGAGGGCUUUCUAAUGCACUUUUUCCAAGAUAGCUUGGCUGGAGCUUCUUUGGAGUGUACUUCCGCAAGCUUUGCUGAGAUGGUUAGAUGUGGCGAGCGUGUCGAGAUGGGUUUGAAGAUGGGAAAGAUACAGUUGGGUGGUGUUGCUAGUUCUACUGGUGGAAAGAAACCGUCAGAGGAUCAUGCCAGAAAGAGAGAAGGAAAUGCGGACGCUGUAUAUGGGCGAAGUGGUCAAGGAAGAGGUAAUUCUCAAGUCAAUGCUGUUACUAUUCCUAUGCCGCAACAACAACAACAAGGGCAACACCCUCAAUAUCAGAAUAACCAGUAUCGGCAGAGAAGGGAUAGAAAAAUUGACCCGAUUCCCAUGACAUAUGCUCAGGUCUUGCAACAUUUGCUCAAGAUUGAGAAGAUUACUUUGAGAGAUGCUCCGCAUGCUCCGGAUACGCGAUAUCCGAAUUACAAUGCAAAUGCAUGGUGUGUUUUUCAAUCAGGCGCUCCUGGCCAUGAUACAGAGAGGUGUAUUGCGCUGAAGAAUAAAGUCCAAGACUUGUUGGACCAAAAGAUUAUUCAAUUCACUCCUACGCCCAAUAUUGUCCAUAAUCCGAUGCCUACUCACGGAGGUUCGGGUGUGAAUGCCAUUGAGAGUGAAGAGAUAAGUGUUGUAUCCGACGUGGGUUGUUUGACUUUUCCUCUUGUGUCUGUGAAGCAACAUCUGGUCAAUAGCGGCAUCUUCCUGGGUUGUGGUGUGGAUUGUGAGAAUUGCAAGAGUCAGCCCGAAGGUUGUGCUGAUUUGAAAAGUAUGGUACAAAAGCUUAUCGACGAGGGUCCUCUUCAAUUUUAUCGAAGGUUGAGAGGCGCGAAGAGUGAGGAUGGUGAAGUGGCUGUGAUCUCAAUUCCUUAUGAGCCAGUUGCUCCAAUAUAUAUCCAAGUGCCUAUUCAGAUACCUGUCAGUAUCCCAUAUGAGGAACAACUAGCAGCGUUGAUGAUUACCGUGCCUGGGCCAAUUCCAUAUGAGAGUGAGAAGGUCGUCCCUUGGCAUUAUGGUUCAGACGUGUAUUACUAUGGCAUGAAGGAAGAGGGUGAGUCGUCUAAAGAGAAACUUGUGGAAGCCGCAGUUGCAAACACUGAUAAUUUCGCUGGUACCAGUAGAAUCACUCGCAGUGGCAGGAAUGGGGCACCUGAUAAUGCUGUAUCUUCCAAGGAUGUGGAGGAUUUGUUGAGAAUCAUCAAGAAGUCUGAUUACAAAGAAAUAUCUGUGAACCAGUUAGAGGCGGUGGCCAAUAAUAUUUCAGCUGGAAAUGGUUUGGGAUUUACUGAUCGUGAUUUUCCUCCUGAGGGGAGAAACCACAACAAGGUGUUUCAUAUUUCAAUGGAGUGUAAGGGAACGCCUUUGUCUCGUGUUUUGGUUGAUACUGGUUCUUUCUUGAAUGUGCUUCCCAAAUCGGCCCUUAUAAGAAUUGACUAUGUUGGUGUUGAGUUGAGGCCCAGUGAGUUGGUGGUACGCUCUUUUGAUGGUUCAAAGAGGUCUGUAUUCGGAGAAGUAGAUUUGCCAAUCCAAGUUGGUCCUCAGAUCUUCACCACGACCUUCUAUGUGAUGGAUAUUCAACCUGCUUACUGUUGUCUAUUGGGACGACCCUGGAUUCACAAGACCGGCGCUGUGACAUCCACUCUUCAUUAG